CCAUUUGCCUGCGUCUCUGCUGCGGCCCCGUGUCUCCUGCCUCUGUCCCUUAUCAUCAGCUACUGCCAGCUUCACCACACCUCCUCCUCGACCUUUGCUCCGGGCUUGUUUUUCCCUCUGGACCGGGAACCCCGGGCUCACUUUCAAUUGCUGCCUGUCCUUUCCAACAGCCUCAGCAUGUGCACGGGAAAGUGCGCCCGCUUCGUGGGGCUCUCCCUCAUCCCCCUCUCCCUGAUCUGCAUUGUGGCCAACGCCCUCCUGCUAGUGCCCAACGGUGAGAUCACCUGGACCAAGGACCACCUCAGCUUGCAAGUCUGGCUCAUGGCUGGCUUCAUCGGCGGGGGCCUGAUGGUACUGUGUCCAGGAAUUUCCGCCGUCCGGGCAGGGGGCAAAGGCUGUUGUGGUGCAGGCUGCUGUGGGAAUCGCUGCAGGAUGCUGCGAUCGGUCUUCUGCUCGGCGUUCGGGAUGCUUGGUGCCAUCUACUGCCUCUCGGUAUCAGGAGCCGGGCUCCGAAUUGGACCGCUAUGCUUAAUGCACGGCUCCUGGGACUACCACUUCCAACACACCGCAGGCUCCUAUCUGCUCAACCGCACUCAGUGGAGCUCGUGCGCGCAGCCGCCACGUGUGGUCUAUUGGAACGUGACACUCUUCUCGCUGCUGGUGGCCGCCUCGUGCCUGGAGAUUUUGCUGUGUGGGGUGCAGCUGGUGAACGCGUCCAUUGGUGUCUUCUGCGGCGAUUGUCGGAAGAAGGAGGGCGCCCCUCACUGAGGCUCCACGGACCUGGUCCGUCGCUCCUGGACACCCGCCUGGCCCGCCCCCGCCCUGGAAUAAACUAUUUAGAGCUCUCUUCCGCGUCUCAGAUUGUGCCCUUUACAAGGAGUGUCCGAAGGUCUCCAUAUACACCGUGGCUUGGGGCUCUCGUGUUUGGGACCCUUGCACCCCGCUUGUUAUUUCCUUAAUAAAUAGUUAUUGAACUAUUA